GACAGUUCUACAGACAGCUGUGUAACCAUUGGCGGCUGCCGGGAGGGAGAAGGUUGCAGUAUGGCCGGGGUGUCUGCCCGAAGCCGGGGCUGGUCCUCGCUGUGUCGGCUUUACCUGCGUUGCAGUUCCCUCAGUCCGAGCGGCGGAGUCGCCUGUCAUGGUGAGAGUGACGGUUGGACGGCCGCUGUGAAAAGUCGAGGAUUCCUGUGUUUGCUGCCAUCUAGCCGCAUGCUGGUUCAUGCCCACCUCAGAUUGUAUUCUACGGGAGACCCCAAGGAAGGCUCCGGUCCGAACGAGCCAAGUUCUUCAGGAUCACCAGACAGAACCUCAACAGGACCUGAUCCAUUGAAUGUGGAACAAAAAAUCCCAAAAGACGCUAUCCAAGUGAAAGUGAAAGCUGUCCUAAAAAAGCGUGACUACGGCGCCAAGUAUAUGAAGAAUAAUUUCAUCACGGGAGUGCGAGCAAUGAACGAAUUCUGUCUUAGACCUAGUGAUUUAGAGCCGUUAAGAAAGAUAAGGAGGAGAAGUCCCCAUGAUGACACCGAAGCGUUUACUGUUUAUCUAAGAUCCGAUGUGGAAUCAAAAGCGCUAGAUGUAUGGGGGAGUCCUGAAGCUAUUUACAGAGAGCAGAAAUUAAGGAAAGAAGAGGAGAUUGCAUACAAAGAAAAUUUAUUUAAAAAUCAAAAGCUGUUGAAGGAAUACAAAGACUUUUUAGGAAACACCAAGCCCCGUCUGAGUACAGCCAGUAUGUUUAUGAGCGGACCUGGGAAAGUUGUGAUGGUUGCCAUAUGCAUAAAUGGGCUAAAUUUCUUCUUUAAGCUCCUAGCUUGGGUCUACACUGGUUCUGCUAGCAUGUUUUCAGAAGCUAUCCAUUCCUUAGCAGAUACGUGCAACCAGGCAUUACUGGCUUUGGGUAUAUCCCAAUCUGCGAGGACCCCAGACCCUGGCCAUCCGUAUGGAUUUACAAACAUGCGUUACAUUGCCUCCUUGAUCAGUGGUGUUGGUAUAUUUAUGAUGGGUGCGGGACUGUCUUGGUAUCAUGGAAUCAUAGGAUUGCUUCAUCCGCAGCCGAUCGAGUCUCUGCUUUGGGCGUAUUGUAUUUUAGCAGGAUCCCUGGUUUCUGAAGGAGCUACCCUUCUUGUGGCUAUCAAUGAAAUUCGAAGGAGUGCGAGGACGAAGGGAUUGUCAUUUUAUCAAUAUGUGAUCCAGUCUCGUGACCCCAGUACCAAUGUUGUCUUGAUGGAGGAUGCUGCAGCAGUUUUGGGAGUGAUCAUGGCUGCGUCUUGUAUGGGACUGACCUCGCUUACAGGAAACCCUUAUUAUGACAGUUUGGGAUCGUUGGGUGUGGGGACCCUGUUAGGAGCUGUUUCUGCCUUCCUUAUUUACACCAACACUGAAGCUCUAAUAGGACGAUCCAUACGACCUGAACAAGUGCAGCGUCUCACCGAGCUCCUGGAGAGUGAUCCUGUUGUAAGGGCAAUUCAUGACGUGAAGGCCACUGACAUGGGCAUGAGCAAGGUUCGAUUUAAGGCGGAAGUUGAUUUUGAUGGUCGGGUUGUGACACGAUCCUACUUGGAAAAGCAAGAUAUCGACCAAGUGUUAAAUGAGAUUCGCCAAGUCAAAACGCCAGAAGAUUUGGAAUCUUUUAUGCUUAAACACGGGGAAAAUAUCAUAGAUACGUUGGGUGCUGAAGUGGAUCGACUAGAAAAGGAGUUGAAGCAACGGAAUCCAGAUGUUCGGCAUGUUGACUUGGAAAUUUUGUAGGAGCUGAAGAAUUUCUAUUCAUACAAUCCGUAAGAGAAGAAAAGAGACGGCAGUAGAAGCUUCAUUUCGUUUUCCAGUGUGCAUGCUCCAUGACGAAAUUGCAAAUGAGUACAGAUAGCUGAGCAGUGCCAAGGCUUCGCGUAACGAGUCAUGUUUGCAAGAGCAUCUUGGAGGCGUUGUACAAUUAUUUUCAUUUACUUUCAUGCGGAGGGGUAUAAGUCUUGUAAUUUAUUUGUAAUACUGACACGCUGAAGUAAACUAUUUUAUUUCAUUUCAUCUGCA